GUUUAAAGGAUACAAAACCCUAUCCCUCCCUGUCCUGCCUUGAAACUUCACAGAGAGCCGAGCCGCCAUCAAAAACUAAAAAUGUCUACCGGAGAUGAAACUCACACGGCGGUAGCCGAGAGAGGCACAAGAAAGAGGAGAGUCGGCUUAAAGAACGGCGGAAAGUCAAAGAACAAGAAGCAAAAGACACGGCCUCCUUCCUCCGACAGGUUCAAGCUCACGCAGAAGAAGCAAAAGCUCUUUCAGAAGCGAGCGCGAGACUACAACUCAGACGAAGAAGAUGACGAAUCUAAGAAGGCGCCAGAGGUAACCAUCCGCGAGAAGAUCUUCUCUGAUGCUAACAUGGGGCCGAACUACGACGAGGUCGAAGAGGAAGAAGAUGGUUCGGACAAGGACGAGAACUCUGAUGGGGAAGACCACGGGGAGAUUCAGUCUGGUAUCACUAGGUUCGCUGCUGAUGAUGGGUGUAAUGCGUUCAAGAUGGCUUUUAAAUCUAUCAUGAAGAGUAAAGGAGAUGAUGCUUUGGGACCUGUUUUAUCAGCACAGAAGAAUCUAAUAGCUCAGAAGCUAUCUGAAGAGGAAGCUGAGAAGAAGGCUAAGGGUCAGGCUAGAAAGGCAAAAUAUUUGGUUGCUGAGAAAGGACAUGUUAAACCUGCUAACCAUUUGGAGUCUCAUGAGAAGGUUCUUAUAGGUGUUGCCACUAAAGGAGGUAAGGUGUCAUCAAUGCUGAAGAUUGUUUGGUGUUACUUUUUCUUUUGGAUACUGACUCUGUUUUUGUUCCAUGAACUCAUAGUGGUGAAGCUUUUUAAUGCUGUAAACAAGGCUCAACAUGCUCAGAAGGGGUUGAAUGCUUCAAGGUCAAAGGACGCUAAAGUGUUAAAGAAGCGAAGAAAAGAAGCAUUCUUCUCGGAGCUGGGGAAAACACCUAGAUCAGACUCCAAGGCUCAAAAAUCUUCAAAUUCAAAUGAAGAAGAAGCUCCUGCAUGGGCUCCUCUACGUGACAACUACAUGUUAGCAAACCCAAAGCUGAAGGACUGGGACAAAAAACAGGUAACAAACGAGGGAGAUGAUUUUGCUGCUAUGUCAGGAGAUGAGAGUUAUGAAGAUUGAGCUACCAGUUGUUUGUAGUACGUGCAGCUUUUGUUUGAUCAAUAUGAAUGAAUUCAGUUUUUUUUUUGGUAGUGCAAAAGGAACUUGAAAGCAAAGAUAAUGUAACAUCAAAGAUAUAAAAAGAGUUAUGAUU